AUGUUGGGGAACUGGUCAGUUGGGCUUUGUGACUGCUUCAGCGAUUCCGGCACCUGUUGCUUGACUUGUUGGUGCCCCUGCAUUACAUUUGGACGCAUUGCCAAGGUUGUGGACGAAGGUUCAUCAUCAUGCUGCAUGCAUGGGACCCUCUAUCUUUUGCUAGGGUCCGUAGGCUGGAACUGGUUGUAUUCUUGUACCAAGCGCACCUCAAUGCGCGCACAAUACAACUUCCCAGGGUCACCCUACAUGGACUGCCUUGUUCACCUGUGCUGUGAGAGGUGCGCGCUAUGCCAAGAGUACAAAGAGCUGGAAAAUCGCGGCUUCAACAUGUCCAAAGGAAAGAUGAUGGAAAGCAUGGCAGCACCAGAAAAACAAGGGAUGGAUGCACUUUUAGACCGCGAAUAA